AUGAAGCGCCUUGCUUCUAUCGGUACUAGUAUUCUCCUGAUGCUAGCGUUGUCACAGUCAGUGGCAGGUCUAUAUUUUUAUAUGAAGCCAGGCGAAACAAAGUGCUUUUACGAAGGACUGACGCGUGGAUCACAGCUCGAGGGCCAGUUUACGGUGCUAAUUGAGCGGGACGGCUUUUAUGAGCAGGAAACGGAAACCGAACUUAGGAUCUCGAUAGACGAAACAUUCGACAAUGACCACUGCGUAUUCGAUCAACGUAGCACAAAUAGAAAUUUUACGAUCACGGCCCUCGAAACAGGAGAGCAUCGUGUUUGCAUAGAGCCUCAAGCGGCAAGCGCGGAAACGAAUGUGGAAUCGGGCGCGAAUAUUGUGUUUGAGGUCCACGUCAACUUUGAGCACAAGCGUCUGCGUGUGUGGGAUUCUGAGCUGUUGGAAUGCCUUGGCUCAGCCAGCGAAAGGGUGCGUAACCUUAAUGCCCGGCUCGCAAACUUGAGGGCGGACCAAAGCAUAGUCAAAAAGGAGCAGACUUUGCACGACAAACAGUGCAAUUCAGUUAAUACUCAGCUGCUUUUUUGGUCUUCGUUGCAAUUGAUGGUCCUUGUUGGGAUGUGUGCUAUGCAGCUGCGAACUCUACGAAGUCUAUUUCGCAAAAAAACGAAGUAG